AUGGCCACGAAGCGGCCGCACAGCGCGAUGAAUGCCAAGGCAGAGGACAAUGAGCCUGUUGACCCCUCUGACGAGCUCAUGUUUCUGGCUCUGGGCGGUGGCAAUGAGGUCGGGCGAUCAUGUCACAUCAUUCAAUACAAGGGCAAGACGGUCAUGCUAGAUGCGGGCAUCCAUCCCUCGUACGAGGGACUAGGCGCGUUGCCUUUCUAUGAUGAGUUCGAUCUGAGCACUGUCGAUUUGCUGCUCAUCACGCAUUUCCACCAAGACCACUCGGCGUCUCUUCCAUAUGUGCUUGCAAAGACGAACUUUGCCGGCCGCGUCUACAUGACACAUCCGACCAAGGCAAUCUACAAGUGGACUACUCAAGACGCUGUCCGCGUGCAUAACACACACGCUCCGUCUUCAUCGACGUCUGGCACCGACGGAUACGUUAGCCAGCUCUACACCGAACAGGACAUACUAUCGACUCUCCCCAUGAUCCAGACCAUUAGCUUCCACACAACACACUCCCACAACGGCAUCCGCUUCACGCCCUACCCGGCCGGCCACGUUCYCGGAGCAUGUAUGUACCUGAUUGAAAUCGCCGGCUUGAACAUUCUCUUCACUGGUGAUUACAGCCGAGAGACCGAUCGUCACCUCAUCCCAGCUGCUGUACCGCGAAACAUCAAAGUCGACUGUCUCAUCACGGAAUCCACCUUUGGCAUAUCCACGCGAACUCCUCGACAAGAGCGUGAGAACGCGCUCAUCAAGUCCAUCACUGCUAUUCUCAACCGGGGUGGUCGAGUUCUCAUGCCCACCACUGCUGUUGGGAAUACACAGGAGCUCAUGCUGAUCAUGGAGGACUACUGGCAACGGCACGAAGAAUACCGGCGCUUCCYAAUGUACUACGCGUCYGGUCUUGCUAGAAAGGUUAUGAUCGUGUACCAGWCCUACGUCGAGACCAUGAACGAGACCAUCAGAGCCAAGUUUCAAGCCAGCGCCGCGUCGGCAUCUGACUCGUCAAGUAGCGGUGGGCCCUGGGACUUCAACUACAUCCKUCAACUGAAGAGCAUGGACCGUUUUGAGGAUUCUGGUCCUAGCGUAGUGCUUGCUAGUCCUGGUAUGCUUCAAAAUGGACCCAGCCGAACGCUUCUGGAGAAGUGGGCUCCUGAUGCGAAGAACGGAGUCAUCAUCACCGGCUACAGUGUUGAAGGUACGAUGGCGAAGGAGAUCAUGAAGGAGCCUGACCAGAUCCAGGCCGUGACAGGAAAGCGGAACGCUGGUAUGCAAUUAGGGAAGCGCUUAGGAGCUUUGGCCGACGGCGAGAGACAGAUGAUUCCUCGAAGAUGCACCGUGCAAGAAUUCAACUUCGCGGUACACGUGGAUGGGCAGGAGAACAGGGAGUUCAUUGAGGAAGUCGGCGCCCCAGUCGUGAUCCUUGUGCACGGUGAAAAGCACAACAUGGCACGUCUGAAGAGCAGACUACUUGGACUGGGUAAGAUGAAAGUCUAUUCMCCUGCCAACUGUGAGGAAGUACGUAUCCCGUUUCGACAAGACAAGAUUGCGAGGGUUGUGGGCCGUCUUGCGAGCGAGAUCACACCCCCAACGCUUCUUCCCAGCCCACCUGCUUCUGGAGAUGAUUGUGACGAGGAAAUGGAGGAGGGUGAGAACAAGAAGAUCAAAUCCGAGGCCGUCUCGGAGAGCCAGGGGCAAAUCAUUAGUGGCGUCCUGGUGCAAAAUGACUUUAAGCUGAGUUUGAUGGCGCCCGAAGAUCUUAAGGAGUACGCCGGUCUCACCACAACGACCAUCAUCUGCCGACAACGCAUCACGCUCGGCGCCGCAGGUGUCGAUUUAAUCAAAUGGGCAUUGGAGGGCACUUUCGGUACGGUCAGCGUGGUGUCACCCGGUAAAGUGGAAACCAACGGCACUUCUGCCAACAAGGGGGAGGUCGCGGAUCAAGAGCUACCUAGACAUGAAGACACCAUUUUCGACGUCAUGGGUGGCUCCGUACGUAUCACCUGCCGGGAUCGCGGCGAGCUGGAGCUGGAAUGGGAAGGCAACGCCACCAACGACAGCGUUGCGGAUGCUGUAAUGGCGGUCCUGAUGACGGUCGAGAGCUCACCUGCCGCCGUGAAGCAGAGCAGUCAGCUGCACUCUCAUGAUCAUGAUCAUGGUCACGACCAUUUCGGCGGCGAUGAUGGCGAAACAAAGACCAAUGGUCUGUCAGUGAAGCGCAAGAAUCCACAUGCGAAUGUCUCUCCCGAAGAGAAGCUGAGUCGGCUGUGCAUGUUUCUUGAAGCACAAUUCGGGGAAGAUGCGGUCAAUCCUAUCGCGAAGCCUCGUGCGCCUGUCAUCAACGGAGUGAACGGCGAUGCGAAGGGAGAGGACGAAGAUGCGGGAGUUGACGAGACUACACAAGAAAAGGCGGAGGCUGCUGAGCUUGCGCGAUUGCACGGGCUCGGGAUUCCCGUUCCUGGACUGGRGAUACGGGUUGACAAGUUUGUUGCGAAGGUCUGGCUGGAGAAGCUGGAGGUUGAGUGUGGUAACAAGACGCUGGCAGAUCGGGUAAGGGCUGUAGUCGAGAGGGCUGUGGACACUGUGGCUCCACUAUGGCAGUAG